AUGAAUCCUACUAUUAUUAAUUACUUUUUUCUUUUAAAGUAAGAUUAAGUUUAUUAUUUCAUAAAUGAGAAUAGUGUCAUUAUUUUAUUUCCAAAAUUAUAAUAACUCCCCUAAAACAUCCUCAUUUUAACACUCAAGUCAAUUUUAGACAAAUCAGUUGAAUUAUCGAAAAUGAUAAGAAUGAUUUAAGAAUUCUUUAUCAAUUUUCUUGAAAAUGAUUUUUAUUGUUUAUAAUUCACUUUUUUAUUUAGAAUCAACACAAUUAAAAUAAUCUGUUUGAAUAAGCAGAGCAUUAUUAAAAUUAGAUGUUAAUAUAUUUUAGUAUCUUAGAAAUUAAGGCAGUAAUUAUGACUGCAUAUUAAACACUUUUCAAUAGUUUAUGCUAAUGUUACAGUUUUGGUUAAAACUAAUAGACUAUUCGAGGAAUCCGAAUUUUUGUAAUUUUUCUCUUAUUUGAAUCUACUGAGUUUAUUUUAUUUCUACAGAGUAUUAGAAGAGAAAUUCAACAAUGGAGUGCUUUAAAUUAAUGUCAACGUAUAAGAAUGUUAGAAUGUUAUUUCCUUAAGAAAACUACAGAGUUGUGGCUAAGUUUUUUUAAGAGGAAGUGA